AUGACCACGAGACGGUCGUCCUUCCUAGCCACCAAGACAGGUCCGCGCGAUGUGCUAACGGCGGCAGCGCUCUUCUCGCUCGCGCUUCGCGCCAAGUCCCUGCUCAGCGUGCUGCUGACACGGCUGUCCCUCAGCGUGGGCCUCUCGUUCGGCCUGCACGUGCGGUGGCUGUUCUUCAGCGUCUCGCUGCUCGCCUUCCUGGCCGCCCUGGUGCUCUCCGAAGGGCCUGCAGCGGUGCUGUUCGCAUGCCUCAUCGAUACCGUCAUGCGCAUCGGGCAGGACGACGCCGUGCUCAUGUUCGACCGUCAGGGCUUUGAUUUCGGGCUUCGGCGGCGAAGCAGCGAUGCCCGGGUCAGCAUCAGCCUGGAUGCAGAUCGGCAAGAGCGCGAGUCUAUCCUCGUACCCAACGAGAUCGAGGCACAGCGGCGCAGCUCUGACUUUUCGACGAAGGACGACAAGAAGAUGAGGAAGAGGCGUUCCUCGGUGGUCUUUGUCACGGCUCUGGAGACGCAAUCACGCUCAAGCGAUUCCGCAUAUCGACCGGCAAAGCCGUAUGCUCAAUCCACUACUACGGGUCACCAACCGCAAGAGUCAACGACCCAGCGGCGAGCCUCCAUUCUCAAAGAAACGUCCAAGUUCUCGGAGGUGACCAUGCUUGGACCUCACAUGCAACUUAUGUUUCUAUAA